UUACACAAACUUUUGAAGAAGUCACAUCGUUUGAAAAUAUCCGUGCUUGUCCUUCAUAAUUUGAAGCUAAGGAAUUAAUUAAAUUCAACUUGCACAACCGUAAAAGUAAUAAAACUAUCAAAUUAAAAUGGAUAAGAGUGAAUUGGCUUGCGUUUAUGCUGCAUUAAUCUUGGUUGAUGAUGAUAUCGCCAUUACAGGAGAAAAGAUUUCAACCAUCCUUAAAGCUGCCAAUGUUGAUGUUGAGCCAUACUGGCCAGGACUUUUCGCAAAGGCUCUUGAUGGUAUCGAUGUCAAGUCAUUGAUCACAAACAUCGGAUCUGGAGCUGGAUCAGGUGGUGCUCCUUCAGGUGCUGCCCCAGCAUCAGCUGCUGCCCCAGCUGCAGCUGAAGCCAAGAAAGAAGAGAAGAAGGAAGAGUCAGAAGCAGAAUCAGACGAUGACAUGGGAUUCGGACUUUUCGAUUAAGCAUUUUAAUCACUUUACAUCAAUGUGUUUUUAUUAAGAAUUUGAGUACAAAUAAAAUGAAUUUGUACAUUUGAAAACAUUAAGAAUAAAAAGAAGAGAAUUCCAUCUGAAA